UUUCUAUUGAUUUCAUUUAUUAAAUUUUCGUUUUGAAAUGUCAACGUGACAACAUCGCAUAGAUUCGUGCUUCUUUUGCAGGCUGCCAUAUUAAUAACGAUAAAGUUCCUUUCUUGUUGUUGAUUGCAAAGGAGUAGCAAUGUCUGCUCACAAGACGUUCAUCAUCAAACGUAAAUUAGCUAAAAAGCUAAAGCAAAACAGGCCCAUUCCUCAGUGGGUACGCAUGAGGACCGGCAACACAAUUAGAUACAAUGCCAAGAGGAGACACUGGCGCAGAACCAAGCUUAAGUUGUAAAUCUAUUUAAUAUACAUGACCAUGUUAAACAAUACAACUUCUU